AUGCCGCGCUCAUGGAAGUCCUCGGACUGGGUUUGCCCAGGUUGCAGGAACUGGAACCUGGGCAAGAACAUGAUGUGUGCCACCUGCAACCACCCGAAGCCCACCAUCAACACCAUGGGUGAGCGGGCCCACGACUUCUACCCCUUGGCCUCGCAGAAGAUGUUUUGCAACGGGCAGAAGAACUGCCCCGAGUGCCAUGCCAUCGUCCACCAGAGCCAUUCCGAGUGCCUCGCCUGCCGCGACCGCAAGAAGAACGCGGCGACGAUCCAGGCCCACCAGGCCUGUGUGGUGACCACCGCCACCGGCAGCAAGGACGCCAUGAGAUCUGACCGCCUCUACGCCUUGAAGGCGCCCGACGAAGUGUUGGCCCUCGAGGGCCCGCGCACGGCCGUCGACGAGCUCGUCGACAAGUACCGGGGCGUGGACGCGUUGGCCAUCAUCGAUGACCUCGAGAAGGUGAAAGCUGGGAAGGAGGCCAUGGACUCCAUGGAGGAGCAGCGCCGCAUCGCCGAGGAAGAGGCCAAGGAGAAGGAGCGCGAGCGGGAGCGGGAGCGAAAGAGGAAGGAGGCAGAGGAGCAGGCAAAGAAGGACUUGGUGACGGCUCAAAGGCAAGCCGCUGCCAUCGAAGCAGAGAGGAAGCGAAAGCGUGAGGCUGCCCAGGAUCUGAUUGCCAGCAUGCUCGAUGCCGAGGCCGAGGCCGAGGCGGAGACGGCAGGGACGCCCGAGGCGCCCUCCCUUGGCGUCCCCGGCCCGGACGCUGCCGGUGCCGGCGCUGGCGCUGGCGGUGACGCAAGGCUGGAGAGGAAGGCGAGGCUGCUGAAGCAAGCGGAAGAGCUGAGGCAGAAGCAAGAACAGAUGAAGCAAAAGCAGGUGGAGGAGGAGGCCGAGAGGCGCCAACGCAUGCGCGAGCGCCGGGCCGCGCGGCAAGCGCGGCCAGCAGCGGAGACAGCGGGCGCCGCCGAGGCGGUGGUUCUGGAUUGA